AAUGUGUCAAUGUCUUGAUCCCAAAAUGUUGUUCUUUUUGUUAUCAUUUGCAGACAUUAUUGUUAAGUGGAAGCAAAAAGACAGCCAAAUUGCUACUAGAAAGUAGAAAGAAAGCCUUUUCAUGUUGUCACAAAACGGUGCCGUCACAUGGGACUGGAACCUGUCCGCCAUUAAAAUAGCCAUCUAAGAUCGCUGGAAUCUUUCUGUACUUCGAGGACCGAAACCCGACAAAAUUACAGUCAUACCAAACGACGUCGUAAUUUCAUGUGGAUAACAAACACUGUCGUUCCCGUGAUGUUCAGUUACCCAAUUCCCAAAACUUCCUCUUCGAUUGCUUUAUCCCUUCCUUUUCCCAUAAUUCCCAUCAAUCUUUCAACCCACCACCUGUAAUCAUUUCUUAAAAAGCUCUCUCCGACAUCAAUGGCUACCGCCGCCGCCGCAUUCUUCUGCGUUGCCUUGUCUCUGGCUGCCUUUUUUGCCGUAUCUCCAGCAGCCGUCUCUGCUAUAUCGGCUUCUCCACCUGUUCCGCCGCACAGAGCUUCCCAAAAUAUGUCUUCGUUUUUCCCAUCUCCGGUCGAUGGGCGUUCUUCUCCCAUUUCUGCUGCUCCGGCGCCGGCGACGGCGCUGGAAUCCGGCGAGUUCAUAGGGAAGAGGAGUGGGUCCAAUUCUGUGAAGCUCAAUCAUGGGAUCUCAGCUUUUGGUUUGAGUAUUUGUAGUGUUUUUAGUUUAAGACUGUUUCUUAACGUUUGAUUCGUAGAUUUGAUGUUUGAAAUUGUGUUUUUAGAACUCUCUUGAAUUGUUACCAAAAUUGGUUUGAAGUUGUGUGCGUUGAUGAAUAAAUCACUCUUACCUUAUUUUAAA